AUGGGUAAUAGAAAUUGGGUUGCAUGUACGGUGUUGCUUUGUUUCUUAGUAAAUUCGUCGCAUUCCUACCAGUUGUUAGUCGGAGGCCGAGAUGGAUGGGUCCUCAACCCUUCGGAAAGCUACCACCACUGGGCCACCCGCUUGCGCUUCCAAGUCAAUGACACCCUCCUGUUCAAAUACAAGAGCGGAAGGGAUUCUGUGUUAGUAGUGAACAAGGAAGCUUACGAGAGCUGCAGCGUCGCGAAUCCGGUGGUGAAACUGGAGGACGGGGAUUCCGAGUUCAGAUUGGACCGGUCGGGCCCGUUCUACUUCAUCACCGGAAACAAGGCUCGUUGCGAUCAGGGGCAGAAACUCAUAGUCGUCGUUUUAGCCAUCAGGACCUCACCAUCCCUGCCAUCGCCAUCGCCAUCGCCAGAAGCUCCUGCGCCUGGAGCGCCUGAUGGCCCUCUGACGCCGCCGCUCGUUAAACCGCCGCCGAGGUCGUUGGCGGCUCCACCGUGCACUGCUUCUGUUUUCUUCACUUCAUGUGUUUUAAGUGUGGGUUUGGGGCUCUUAAAUUUUUAG